AUGACGAGCAAGAAAGCUACGGAUGAUUUAGCGUUGACUCUGAAAGAGGUAGCUACUGACUGUAGCCAGGCCAAAGAGAAGCUGGCGGUUGUAAAAACAGAGAUCGAGGCUGUGAGGUUGGAUUCCGAGGACGCGAGGAAAGAAGCUGAGCUGAUCAAGAACACGAGCGAGAGGCUAAGGAUCGAAGCGGAGGAGUCUCGUUUGUCUUUGAAUGUGAAAGAAUCUGCGUUGGUAAGUAUUAUAAAGAGAGGAGAAGAUGAGAAAAGCCCGCUUCUUGAGAAGAAUAAUAGGUUGCUUGUGGUUCUCUUCGCAGCUGAGAAUCUGAGUAAAAAGGCUAAGGACGAGAGUCAGAAGGUUAGAGACAUACUUAAACCAGUGAUAAGCGAAGCUAAUAUGGCUAAAGAAGCGGUCGCUAGGGCUGAGAAUUCUAAGUUGAGGGAUGCUUUUCUGGACAAAGAAGCGGAGUUGCAGUUUUCUUUGAAGGAAGUUGAGAAAGUGAAGAUUAAUGAAGCUGUUGCCAGUGAUAAUGUUAAGAAAUUGAAGAAGCUGUUCUCUGAGGUUGAGGUAGCCAUGGGGGAAGAGAAACAUAGAUGCUUGAGCAAGCAAGAGUCCACACAGAAGGAAGUAGAGGCUAAGGUAUUAAGGUUUUUGAACACAAAGGUCAAGAACUUUGAUGCUGAUGAUUUUCAUGUUAAAGCUUCCAUCACUGAAGAUGAAACAGAUUUGGAACAUAGUAUGAUGAGAGAAGCAGGUUUGGUGAACCACGUGAAGAAGCUUGAUUUAAUCUGGAAAGAACAGAACAUGUUCGGUAAUUUGGUGAAAAGGACAAAGGAAGAAACUGAAAGAGACUUGGAGCUAUCAAAGUCUGAAACUGAAGAAGAAAGCAAUAAGAAAGGAUACAUAAGGAAUGUCAGCUGUCUAAGAUACGUGAUCUAUACGACCGGACCGGAUCUAUCCUUUUAUAUAGAGGUGAUAAGUAGAGAUAUGCAAAGAUACAAAGAGUGUUGUGAAGCUACAAUGAAGAAACGUGCAGAAACUAGGAUACCAAUUGUUGGAGAUAGUAAUGGUAAUCACAGAGUUGACACGGAUGAUGGGAAGAACGUAGCGGGUACUGAAGCUGCAAGCAUGUGGUUGUGGCAUUUGCUUAAAAAAGGCAAUAUUAAUGUAAGCGAGAAAGUCGACACAAGAGAAUGUGUUGAAAUGGAUUGA